GAGCUGCAUCGACCUGGAAGCCUGCAGCAAAAACCAGCACGAUAACCUACACUCCUGUCCCAAAACAGAAGAGGAGCACACCACAGCACUGCUUUGUUAUCAAACGAGUGGACUAAAUUCCUACUUACACUGGAAGAAGUGAAAACCGUGGAAGAAAGAGAGGGAAAGAGAGAGAGAUUUCCCCGUCGUACAAGCCGCAGUUCAGUGUAGUUGGCUAAUGAUUUGUAUUAAUUCCCAACUUGUUUUAAUCCACCGAGGACAAAACACCGCGAUGAUAAGACUUCAGGACGCUCAUGAGAGUUUUAAUUCAGCGUUUUAUCUUUGAAUUUCGACAUUAAUUUCACCGCGACCGGUCAUUUCAAGGAUUAAACACGAUAUUUGUGGAUUUCGCCAAAGGAGAUACAAUGCCUGACCAGAUAACAGUGGCGGAGUUUGUCACGGAGACAAAUGAAGAUUAUAAAUCGCCCACCGCCUCAAACUUCACCACCAGAAUGACUCACUGCAGGAAUACAGUAUCCGCACUGGAGGAGGCCCUGGAUGUGGACCGCAGUGUCCUUUACAAGAUGAAGAAGUCAGUUAAGGCCAUUUACGCCUCGGGUCUGGCUCACGUGGAGAAUGAGGAGCAGUACACUCAAGCUCUGGAGAAGUUCGGAGAGAACUGCGUGUACAGAGACGACCCGGACCUGGGAUCAGCCUUCCUGAAGUUCUCCGUCUUCACCAAGGAACUCACAGCGCUCUUCAAGAACCUGUUUCAGAACAUGAAUAACAUCAUUACCUUCCCAUUGGACAGUCUGCUGAAGGGAGAUCUGAAAGGGGUUAAGGGGGAUCUCAAGAAGCCCUUCGAUAAAGCCUGGAAAGACUAUGAGACUAAAGUCUCUAAAAUAGAGAAGGAGAAAAAAGAGCACGCCCGGCAGCACGGACUGAUCCGGACGGAGAUCAGCGGAGCAGAGAUAGCAGAAGAGAUGGAAAAAGAGCGGCGUUUCUUCCAGCUUCAGAUGUGUGAGUACCUCCUCAAAGUCAAUGAAAUCAAGAUCAAGAAAGGUGUCGACCUGCUCCAGAAUCUCAUCAAAUACUUCCACGCACAGUGCAACUUCUUUCAGGAUGGCCUCAAAGCGGUGGACAACCUCAAACCCUCAAUAGAAAAACUGGCCACAGACUUGCACUCGAUCAAACAGGUACAGGAUGAAGAACGCAGGCAACUAACCCAGUUACGGGACGUGCUAAAAACCGCUCUGCAAGUGGAGCAGAAGGAAGACUCUCAGGUUAGACAGAGCGCCACCUACAGUCUGCACCAGCCGCAGGGCAACAAGGAGCACGGGACCGAACGCAGCGGCAACCUUUACAAGAAGAGUGACGGCCUGCGGAAAGUGUGGCAGAAGAGAAAGUGCACAGUGAAGAAUGGAUAUUUGACCAUCUCACAUGGGACGGCAAACAGACCUCCUGCCAAACUCAAUCUUCUCACCUGUCAGGUGAAGCACAACCCAGAGGAGAAGAAAAGUUUUGACCUCAUCUCACAUGACAGAACGUAUCAUUUCCAGGCAGAAGAUGAGCCAGAGUGUCAAAUAUGGAUCUCAGUGCUGCAGAACAGUAAAGAAGAGGCGCUCAACAACGCCUUCAAGGGCGACCAGCAUGUCGGGGAAAAUAACAUUGUGCAGGAGCUCACCAAGGCCAUCCUGGGAGAGGUGAAGCGGAUGGCAGGGAACGAUGUCUGCUGCGACUGCGGUGCUCCCGGCCCCACGUGGCUCUCCACCAACCUGGGCAUCCUGACCUGCAUCGAGUGUUCGGGGAUCCACAGAGAGCUGGGCGUCCAUUACUCCCGAAUCCAGUCCCUCACACUCGACGUCCUCAGCACCUCUGAGCUCUUGCUGGCCAAGAACGUGGGGAAUGCUGGCUUUAAUGAGAUCAUGGAGGCUUGUCUGACGGCAGAAGAUGUGAUCAAACCAAAUCCAGCCAGUGACAUGCAGGCAAGGAAGGACUUCAUUAUGGCAAAGUACACAGAGAAACGCUUCGCUCGAAAGAAGUGUCCAGAUGCGCUGUCGAAGCUGCACACCCUCUGUGACGCUGUGAAGGCCCGAGACAUUUUCUCCCUCAUCCAAGUCUAUGCUGAAGGAGUGGAUCUGAUGGAGCCCAUUCCUUUGGCCAAUGGACAUGAACAAGGUGAGACAGCUCUUCAUCUGGCCGUGAGACUGGUGGACAGAACCUCCCUUCACAUCAUCGACUUCCUCACCCAAAACAGUUUAAACCUGGAUAAGCAAACGGCUAAAGGAAGCACAGCUCUGCAUUACUGCUGCCUGACGGACAACAGCGAGUGUCUCAAACUGCUGCUCAGAGGAAAAGCCUCCAUAGAUAUCGCUAAUGAAGCUGGGGAGACCCCGCUGGACAUCGCUAGGCGACUCAAACAUCUGCAGUGUGAGGAACUGCUGAACCAGGCGCUUGCGGGGAAGUUCAAUGCUCAUGUGCAUGUGGAGUACGAGUGGAGACUUCAGCAUGAAGACCUGGAUGAGAGUGAUGAAGAUCUGGAUGAGAAGUCGAGUCCUCACCGGCGGGACGAGCGGCCUAUCAGCUGCUACACACCGGGCAGUAACUCCCUUCAGCUGAGUCCAGCCAGCCUGAGCCGAGACGCUCGGGACCUGGUCAAAGACAAGCAGCGCUUUGUGCCAAACCUGGUCAACAACGAGACCUACGGAACCAUCAUUAACACCAGUUCACCCGUCAGCCUGUCCUCUUCUGCUCCACCUCUACCACCCCGAAACCUGGUUCAGCCGUCUGCUCUUGCAGGACUGAGUCAAGGAUCCCCCGGCUGGAAGCCUGGCUCUCUGGAUCUGAGUGGCAGACAGAGAUCCUCCUCUGACCCUCCAAACAUGCAUCCUCCAGCGCCUCCCUUACGGGUCACUUCCACCUCCCUUCUAAUGCCCAGCGGUGCUGCUCCUCCUCUGGCUAAAGCUACAGGUAUGAUGGAGACCAUGAAUAUGCAACCUAAACCCGGACAGGGGCCUCCUGGACAGAACAUCAACCGGGCUACAAGUGCGGACAAAAACUUCAGCAAAAGCACACUGAUGCGCUCCGGAUCCAUCGAGAGACCAGGUAGAUGUCAGAGAAACCAUGUUAACUCUAAAGAAGUCCCAGGAGGCUCACAAAACACCACUGGUCCAACUCUGCCUGCGACUCACAUGCCCAGGAAGACUUACCUGAAGCCGAAGCGUGUGAAGGCCAUGUAUAACUGUGUGGCCGAUAACCCAGACGAGCUGACGUUCUCUGAGGGAGAGCUCAUCGUGGUGGACGGAGAGGAGGACCAGGAGUGGUGGCUGGGCCACAUUGAGGGAGAGCCAAUGAGAAGAGGAGCGUUUCCUGUCACGUUUGUGCAGUUCAUUAUGGACUGAAGCUCCAGAGAUCAGACACUGAACUGAUGACGGCACUACUCUGCCUCUGUGUGGCCUCACUAACCACCACCACCGCCAUCAUCAUCAUCGUCGUCGUUGUUCUUCCCUUAAUGGUGAGGCCUGUAUCUUCACCAAGCUUCCACAAAUCCUGUCUCUGGAGAAAUCAGCCUUCUGGGCAAUAAAGGCACUUUUGAACUUAAUUUAUCAUGACCACAAUGCUAAUGAAUGUCACCAAGAUGAAGGUUUUAUUUCAGGAUCAUUCACAUCCUUAUUCCUUUAGACAGAUCUGUGAAUCUAGUCUUAUUUGCCCACAUUCCACAUCUGGCCGGGAAAGACAGAAGGAUAAGAGUGAAAUGACAGCCUUUUUGGAGGACUCUGUUGGAUAAGACGGCUCUGUUAAUGGUGCUAAAGCAGGAACAUGCUACAGGAGCCGUCUGUCCUUGGAGGGGCGCACUGAUGUCCCCAUUUUCACACUACCUGCCCCAGUGCUGAGUGCAGAAAUAGGUUUUCUCCAGCGCUCGCACAUGGGAAAUCUCUGAAGUGCACUGUGAUGGAGAAACUGACAGACUGAAGAGUGCUUUUGCGCUGGCUGAGGAACGUGAAGAUUAAAUGACAGUAAUCUUGACCCUGAAGCUGCUGGGAUUUUGGAGCGUUGUGAACGUUCUCCAGGGAAAAGAGGAAGAGCAUCCAGGAGCUUUAUUUCUGUAUAGGUAUUUAUAAAUCAGAGCUGUUCUGUUUUAGACUCUUAUUGAUUUUAAAGAUCUUCCGCAGAACUUGCUUCAUUGUGCGAGUGUUCUGCUGAAUGAUGUCAUUUCUCAGUGUUUCUUCUUAAAGAGACAGACCAAAAAGUCUAAUUCAUUCAUUUACUCCAGGAGGGUCAAAGUUCCUGGAGCCCUGCACAGUUUAGCUCCAACACACUUGCCUGCAGGUUUCAAACAAGCCUGAAGGACUCAAUUAGUUUGAUCAGGUGUGUUUAUUUAGCGUUGGAACUAAACUGUGCAGAGCUGCGGCCCUCCAGGAACUCAGUUUGACACCUGUGAUUUACUCUAUUUACAAAAUGUCAGGAGUGCUCUAUAUCAGUGUUUCCCAACUCUGUUCCUGAACAGUACACAUUAUCAAUCACGCCUGAAUCAACUCAUCAGAACAUUAGAAGAGACUCAAAGCCUAAAGAUGAUGGGUCAGAUAAGGGAGACAUCCAAAAUAUGUACUGCUGGUGUGCCUCCAAGAACAUGGUUGGGAAACACUGCUCUAAAUGCUCAACUUGAUGUAAUCCAAGUCUGAAGACUUUCUGUAAAUUGAAAUGAGGAAUAGGACAGUGUUAAGGAAAAGUGUCAUCAUUUAUUCUCAUGUACCUUACUUUGGUGUUUCUUUUGAGCAAUGCGCAAACUAAAUGUAGAAUCCAUUCAAUGUAGGAAACAAAAAUAUAUUUAAAAAAGCUCAUGGUGACUUAAUCAUACAAUUCUGCUUUUUAUAUCUGAAACAUUUGCAACAGAAACAUGCACCUUUUCUGAGCCAAUUCUCUAAAUAUGGUCUUGAAUCCAAUUCAAUCAUUGUAACAGCGAAUUAAGUUAUUUUCUGAAAAUCAUUCCGUGAGUACGUUUACAUGGACACCAAUAAUUUGAUAGUAAUAGGAUUAAGACAAUACUCUGAUUAAGAGUCUACCAUGUAAACAGCUAUUUUUGAUUGAUUUGAUCCGACUAAAGUCAUAAUCGAACUAAAGGGAAAUUGAAGGAAGACAUGUGGAGUAUGCUGAUUUUUAGUGGCAUUAUUGAAGUGCAGUACAGACAUGUAAACACCGCAAACUAUUACUGUCGUGUAGGACUUUGCCACAUUUUAUGACAGAAUAGUCUACACACACACACACGGCUGUUGGACACUAUUAUUGGCACCUACUGAGUCAGUGAGGACCACAGACAUCUGCAUCGUGAAAUGCGGUAGGAAAUUCCAUUAAAACUACACUCUUCCAGCAGUUGAUAGUCGCAUCCAAUAUCUGUUUUGUCACAGGGGGCAUGCAUGAAAUGUUCCUGAAUGAAAGUGAAAGUGCCAAACUGCAGUUAAAUCCACAAAAUAAAACUGAAACUACAUGAAACUCCAGAGGAAAUGCGGAUAGCCUGGUGAUGCGGUGAUGUUAAUUGAAUGAUGUGCUGUAACAUGUAAAACACGAUCAUGAAAGAAACAUUCACAUAGCAACGCAUGUACAUUUAUUAUUGUCUUAUUCAAAUUAAGGCAAAUAACUAGAUUACUGAUGUCCAUACAAACGCAGUCACUGUCAUUUUCAAAUAAGGUCAAAUCAGCGACGGCACCUUUGAAUUUGGAUUCACCUUUGGUUUGACGAUUGUGGUUGAAGAACUCCACAGGGUGAGAAACUUGGAUGGAACACAGAAUGUAGCACAUGUUCAAUCAAUCAAUCAUACUAAAUAAAUAAAGCACUCUUGACAUUGUUCAAUAAUCCUCCUCACUGGUUCAAUGGAAGAGAAUAAAAGCCAUACAUGUUGAAAUGGCAUGAAGGUGAGCACAUGACAGCAUUUUAAAUAGAUUUGGGAGUGACAGUCUUUUAAGAUGCUCUUGCACACUCAACGAUGUUUUAAUUUGAACCGAUUAUAAGGUGUGAAUGACAGCUAGUUUCCACUUGACAGUUUUGGUGUGUCCAGACGGUUGUUCCCUGUAGCAGUAAUAACUCUCUCUAGUGCUCUAAUUGUCUUCCAGAGGCAAUGAAAUCUCUCCCAUCACUUCUCUUAAUCCUUUGUAAAGCUCAUCCAUCAGUGAUUGUGUGCAGGAGUAACACAGCAGAGCGUUUUCUGUCACGAGUGUUUGAUGUGGUUGCAGAGCAACUUCGAGUCUGUUGUGUAACUUUAAAUUACGGUCAUGUUAGUCUUGAUUGAGCUCAGGCCAGAAUGUAUACGGCCCGCUGUGAUUGUAAAUAACUGUAGACUUUUUGCUUUGUGCAUAUUUAAUUGUAAACAAAGAGCUAAACUGAUCCUGACUGAUGUGUUGACGUAGAUAAGACUGUUACAGUACACGUUUAACUACUCACCCCUUCACCAUAAACAUCUUUGAUGCUAAUAUAUAAAUCAUAUAUGUACAAAUAAAUGGGAAAACUGGAAUGAAUAAA